GCGAAUUAUCCAUUAAGGCAAUGACAGGUAAUGAGAAACGUGUCGAUGAGCACAAGGCUUUGUUUUUAGCAUUUUUGGGGUGACCCAAAAAUAAUUUGCCCAACUGUCCUUAAUCCGCCACUGCCAACACGAAUAUAGUUAUAGAGAUAUAAAAUAAAGUGAUAUUUCUGAAAAAAACAAAGCAAUUAUGUAUAUAUGUAAUUAUUUAAUUGAUACCGCAGAUUCUUAUCAAGAUUCGAAAUAAUAACGGCAUUGUUAUGGAUCGGUAAUUGCAAAAAGUAUAACUUAUUUGUCGACGAUUAAUAAUAAUUGUACCAUUCGAUUAAAUGACCUAUAAAAGUGUGAAGAGUGUGGCGUUACGGUUUAUUAAAGUUGAGAAAAAGUAAUGAUGAAGAUCAUCAACAGCGUUUCGCUCUUUUCGAGUUUGAUUUAUUUCGCGAUACUGGGUGCUGCUUUCACGGAAACAUGCGCUCCGCAACUUGGUGAGGCGUUCCCGGACAUCUCUGCAGACUCCACCAAUGGACCAAUCCAUUUACACGAAUAUUUGGGAAAAGAUUGGGGACUUUUAAUUUCUUAUCCUGCGGAUUUCACACCAGUCUGCACGUCGGAGUUGGCGCGCGUCGUCAAAAUUCUGCAAGAGUUCGUAAAGCGCGACGUCAAGGUUCUGGGAAUAUCUCCAAACAGCGUAGCAACACAUCGGGCAUGGUCCAAAGACAUCUUGGAGUACGCGAAGGUCGCCGACACAGAUCAUUUCCCAUACCCGAUAAUGACCGAUGAGGAUCUGAGUAUCGCCAAGCAUCUCAACAUGCUGGACAAGAAGCACAGCAUGCCAGAUGGUUCGCCUUUGAUGGGUAGAGCAGUUUUUCUCAUCAGCCCCGAAAGAAUUCUGCGCUUGAGCUUGAUAUAUCCGGCUACGACAGGACGUAACUUCAACGAAAUUAUCCGUUCGAUCGAUGCAAUCCAAUUGGCUGAAAAACUUCCGGUGGCAACGCCGGUUGAUUGGAAAUCCGGAGAUUCAAUCAUGAUUCACCCAGGUUUACCUGAAGACAAAACUCGCGAGAUGUUCCCCGAAACUAAAACCGUGAAUCUUCCAUCCGGAAAAACCUAUAUGCGUCUCGCUCCGCAGCCUUAAAAUUUAACAACCAAUCCAAAAAGAAAACUUAAAAUAUAGAUAUUAGGUAGAACUUCAUUUAAUUGCAAGCAAUCCACUUCAAAUCUGCAACU